AUUUUUUAACUACCCUUCCCAUUUCUUUUAACUCUUUCAAUUCAAUCCUGAAAUGGCAGUUUCUGAAAGUAUCAUUGUGGACUAUGAAGAAGUUUCGUACAAAAGUAAAGCACAAGAUUUUGCACAGCGACUGCCACGGAAAUCGAUGCGCUAUGUCGGGAGUUUCUUUCCUAUCGUACAUUGGAUACAUAAAUACAAUAUGAUGUGGCUGCUACGUGAUCUUAUCGCAGGAAUUACUGUGGGCAUUGUGGUCGUACCACAGAGUAUGGGAUAUGCCAAAAUCGCCGAGUUACCUGCUGAAUACGGACUCUAUACUGCUUUUGUCGGGCUUGCUGCUUAUUGUUUCUUUGCCACAUCCAAGGACAUUAGUAUUGGUCCCACAGCCGUCAUGUCGUUGCUACUUGGUCAGACCAUCAUUCGUGGAACCACAGCCGAAGGUUCGACUGUCACAGGACCGGAAAUAGCAGUGACGUUUUCGGUUCUUGCUGGAGCAGUAAUUCUGUUUAUUGGUCUCGUGCGGCUAGGAAUUCUGGUCGACUUUAUUCCUGCGCCAGUCAUUGCCGGUUUCAUGACUGGUUCUGCCAUCACAAUCACAUUCAGUCAACUGAAAUCGUUGACAGGCAUUGAGAGUAUCCAUACCCAAGAUCCUGCUUACCUGACACUAGGCAACUUUUUCAAAAACAUUCCCGAAAUCAAACUGGACGUAGCUUUUGGUGUAGGAGGUCUCAUCUGGCUCUAUGGCGUAAGCUAUGGCUGCAGCUACUUGUCAAGGAAAUAUCCACGCUACUCGACGCACCUUUUCAUGUUUAGCAUUAUGCGCAACGGUAUCCUGGUUAUUGUCGGAACUCUGAUUUCGUUUUUGAUUAAUAUUGGCAAGAACCAGAGCCCCAUUGACAUCCUCAAAGAAGUACCUGCUGGGUUCACGGCAAUGGGCGUACCUCAUGUCAACAACGAGCUUUUGAGUAUAGUUGCCCCAUCACUGCCUUCUGGCGUAAUUGUACUCAUUCUCGAGCAUGUAGCUAUUGCCAAAUCCUUUGGUCGGCUCAAUGACUAUACUAUUAGCCCAAGUCAAGAGAUUUCUGCCAUUGGAUUUACCAAUAUUAUUGCUGCGUUCUUUGGAGCGUAUCCCUCCACAGGCUCGUUCUCGCGCACCGCAAUCUUAUCUCGUUCAGGUGUAAAAACGCCAUUGUCUGGUGUAUUCUCGGCCGCCGUAGUCUUGCUCGCACUUUAUGCGCUGACACCUGCUUUUUAUUACAUUCCCAGUUCUAUCCUAGCAGCAGUUGUUAUCCAUGCCGUCGCAAACUUGGUAUCAGGUCCAGCAUAUAUAAAACGCUUGGCUUCUGUAAGCCUAUGGGAACUCUUUAUUUUCACCGUCGCUGUGGUGGUGACAUUCUUUUCAUCUGUUGAAUAUGGUAUCUAUGCAUCCGUCGCACUGGCUAUUGUCAUACUCCUGUUCCGAAUUGCACGGCCUCGCUUCUGGCCACUGGGUCGAAUACCACUGGCAGCCACGACCACAACACGCCAUUUGCCUACACAUCAAUAUCUCUAUGUAGCCGAAAACCAUCCAUCGCUAGGCGACCGCGUUGAGCCGCUUCCUGCCGGUAUACUCAUGUGCCGCGUCGAUGAGUCGUUUACAUAUCCCAACUCAAGUUACAUUUCUGAAAAAAUUAUUUCUUACUGUAAGAGGCGAACACAGCGUUCUGGACCCAAGCUCACCAAACAGCAACGAGCAUGGAACGACGAUGCUGCAGAAGAUGACGAUGUAGCAACAGCAAACCAAGUAUCGCCACGGCUGCAUGCCCUUAUUAUCGACUUUUCCAGCGUGAACCGAUUGGAUUCCAGUGGUUUACAAGCGCUUGUGGAUGCACAAAACACAUUAAAUCGAUACAGCGGCCACCACAUCGAGUUCCACUUUGUCACUGUCCUGAAUCCUUCGAUUCGUCGAACCUUGAUUGUAGCUGGAUUCGGCACCCAGCCAACAAUGCAAUAUCUCGAUGAACAGAAAGAAGUGUUACCGGUAGUACCGCAGUCAAGAGAUCAACGCUUAGCUUCAUCAGGUGAACAAGAAGAACGCAGCGAUAGCAGCACAAGCGAGCCUGACGUCGACAAGGACGAAAGGGAAAAAGGUGUGGGCGAAGUUGUUAUGGUCGAAGACGUUGUCAAGGAAAAGGCGAUCAAAAGUGCAAGCAGAAAGUCUAUCCCACUUCCCAAAGACAGAUACCCAUUUUUCCAUUGGUCUUCUGAUGAGGCUGUAAUGUCGGCAAUGUUAUCGAAAGAAGCCCGCGGUCGCCGAGAGCAGCAGCAACAACAGGAUGAUGAAGGGCCGGAGCCGCAGCAUUAA